AUGGGUCAUUGCGCGAGCAGGGAAGAGAAAGAAGCUCGGAAACGCAACAAAAAGAUCGAGGACCAAAUGAAGAAAGACCAGUCGCUGUCGAUGCGCACCAUCAAGCUUCUUCUGCUUGGAGCCGGCGAAUCGGGCAAAAGCACCAUACUGAAACAGAUGAACAGUUUGCUGAGCUGCUUCCACCAGAUUCGUUGGUCAUUCAUAGGCGGAUCAGAUACUUCAAAAGACACGAAAGCGGAACCAUUCGUCAUCAAAAAUUGUGAGACUUUAUAA